GCGCGUGCACUUCACAAUUUUAUUUUAAUUUCACAACAAUAGUCGAAACCGGCUUUAUUUGUAUUUAAUUUGUAUGAAGUCUCUGGUAAAUGGCUACCAACAAGGAAUGUUUGGUAGUGGUGCUAGAUGUGCGGAACUGCGCCACCGAGGAAUUCAAGUUGAAAUCGGUUAAAUGUGUUUCUGAAAUUCUCAAAGCAAAGCUUGUGAGCGACAGAAAGGACUAUGUAUCCUUUGUGCUGGUGGGGACCGAACGUGCUGAAAACGGAAUUGGGUGCAAAAACAUUGUUCAAAAUGAAAAUCCCCGGCUAUGCAGCUGGCAAUUAUUGCUCGACUUUUAUCAAUUUGUCAAUGUAACGUCAUCACCCUGCGACGAUGGUGCAUGGUUGGAUGGACUCGCCGUGGCCAUAGAUGUAUUUAAAAACGCGCAUGCGUUGAGAGUAGCCCAUAAGCGGAUCCUGCUUUUGUAUGACUUCAACUUGAUGAGUCAGAACUAUGAUAAUUACAAAGAUAUCACCAAUCAAAUUGUCAAUGCCGACAUCGAGCUAAUUGUGGGGACCCACAACAUUGCUUACAUAGAUAACGCUGAAUCCUCCCAGGCUCAGGCAAUUUUUAAAACAUCUCGGAAGGCAAAUAUCCACGAACUGGAAAAUCAGAAACGCGCAAUUCAGCUUGUCUCCUUCUGCAAUGCUACACUGUGCAACUUCAAGGAGGCACUUAGCACUGUCUUUAAGAUGCCAAAUCAAAGACCAUGGGCAUGGAAUGCAAAACUUCAUAUUGGCAGUAAAAUCAACAUUAGUGUUCAAGGCAUUAUAUCCAUUAAAAAUGAGAGCAACAUUAAACUAAAGAAAUGCUGGGAGGAGGCCGGCGAGGAGAUGAAGCGUGAACAGAAACACUUUAUUAAAGGCACCGAAGUGACUCCUGAAGAGGAUGAUCUCAUCUCUGGGUACAUGCUGGGUGGCACCGCGGUGCCAUACGAUGAUAAAUUAAUGGACUCAGAGACAAAGCAUGCACCGGGCCUGCACUGCGUGGCUUUUUUGAAGAAAAAUGCCAUACCCGAUGAAUAUUACUGUGGCGAAUCAUUAUACACGUUGGUCCAUCAAAAGGGUAAUCAGACAGCGGCACGUAAGCUGGACGCUCUGGUGCGGGCGCUGCACGAACAACGACGUAUAAUGUUGUGUUGGAAAAUUUACAGUGUCAAGCUGAACACUCCACGUCUAGUGGUGCUUUCGCCCAACGAACUGGACGACAACUCUCCGGCCACAUUGUCGAUGCUAGAGCUCUCUUAUCAUUGGCAGCAUCAUUUCUGGAAUUUUCCUGCUCUGCGCACUGAGAAAACAUCCUGCACGGAGCAACAAUUCCAGGCCAUUGACAAACUAAUCGAUAGCAUGGAUCUUGAGUGCACACUGCGCGAUACCCAACAGCCGCGAGAAUUGCGCGCCAAUGAUUUGCUACCUUUCGACCAGCUGCCAAGCAUUUACGAACACAAUGUUAUGGACAUACUGGAGUGCAAAGUGCUCCGGAAAGCGGGUGAUGACGAAAAACAGUUCAAGGACAUGUUGCGGGAUAAACGUUUUGUUGAGAUAUUCUGGAAAGUGCCGGAGGCAAUUGAACAGCAGGCCAAAAACGCGGCUAAGGCACUAAAGAAACAAUUUCCAUUGGAGCAUAGCAAUGCAUGGCUAGAAAAGCUCAGAGCGCAACAAUUGGCCGAAAAUCAGCCCCGCAUCAAACAGGAACGAAAAAAUAACGUGCCCGAGGAUGAGGCUGCACUAAUCGCCAUUGACGCUGUGGGUCUGAACUCACCCGCUGAGGAUUUCCAACAACUAUUGCAGCACAAAGUUCGAACCCUCCAGCACAACACACAACGCGAUGCCAAAUUUCAAGGCUAUGCGGCGCAAAUGCGUGUGGUUAUCCUAACGUUGCUGGAACGCUCGCAACCAAAUUUGGAGACGCUGCAAGAACUCUUGCGGCUAUAUCGCAACAGCUGCUUCGAGUUCAAUGCUUUUGCCGAUUAUGAUCAAUUUGCAGCAGAAAUAAAGAGCAAAGCGAGGGACAAAAACCUGCGGGAAUUCUGGUUUAAAGUUAUGGUCGAUAUGCAACUCGGACCGUUGGUUAUUGGCGAAGCCACGCUCGACACUGAGCUGCGUUUGAGAAAAUACUAUAAUAUAGAACAAUGGUCUUCGGAUGAGGAAAGCGAGCCGCAGCUGAUUGAAUAACUUCAUUUAUAUACAUAAAUAUUUUUAUAAUCAUAAACCUAGAGUUGCUCUCUAUGGUUACAUGAAGACGACGUGUUUGUUAAAAGUUUUGCUCACCAAAAAAAUUGUUAUUUCAAAUCGAUCCCAGAGCAUUGCAUAAGUUUUCUGAAAGAAUAUAACUUUAUUAUAUUGCAA